AGUAUAAACGAGCAUUCAUGACGUCAUUUUUGCAAACAAUGUCUGCCACAAAAUGAAAACGAUUCUUAAAAGUUGUUUUGUUGCUGUUUUAAUCAGUGGCAUAUUAGGCAAGGUGAAUUUGCCGGAAAUUGAGACAGCGUACAAAAAUUAUGACGAAGACAGCGAUAGAGCUCAAACAGGGUGGUUGAAAUCUUGCAGGCGAAAUUCCCAUCUCCGAGAUACAUCAAGUCUCCACAAUGCACGCUUAAUAAAAAACGACGAAGCCAGCUUUAACGUUGACAACGUGGACGAUGUUCGAGUAUCUGCCAGGGGUGCAAGAGAUCAUAGCUUUAGUGACGCAAGACAAUAUCCACAGGUCAAUCAAAUGUAUGAUUACACUGAGUCGGCAGACAGGAGAGAAAGGAAAGCACCAAACGACAAAAAUCUUAAACACAUCACACAUUCAACGGCGAGUGGAAAGAUUUCAACGAGAAAUGUUCUGCCCAACACGGUCAUUGAUCCGAAACCGCCCCUUUAUGUGCAGGAUAGGGUCUCCUUGCUGAAAAUUAAAGCCGACAUUGAGAACAUAGAGUCUCUUCUUGAUAACUUAGAUCUUGGCAAUCGUCUGUCCGAAACGGAGCCACCAGCUGGUCUACACGCACAUCCCGCCACGACUCCAGCCGCGACUCCCGCCCCAUUGGAGUCGACGCACAGUCCAAUCACGCCGCCAAAUUACCCGGAGUCAUACAAAGGAUAUUCACCUAUAUACCCGACGCCGACGCCUUCUGCCGCUUCUGUCAUUGCUCCUUUCGUCGCUUCCCCCGUCACAGAAAGCAAUUUCACCACACCCAGUCAUUCCAAGCUAUCGCAGAGAUCUAUUCGUCGAGAUAAGAAAUUGCACGAUUCUACAAAAGACCUCAUUGAUGCAAGAAGCAGACGACAAAUAAGGAAGUUAACUUCAAAUCUUAAACGCAAUAGUCGACAGAAGAAAUCAAACGCUUUAAAACUAGUGAUAGGCGUCGAAAAGAAAAAGUCAAAACAAGGAAGCCUUAUCUCAGGUAUCAAAGAAGAAAUAGCGCAGAUAAAAAAGCUGACACUCUAUCUGAAGAAAUUUAUCGACAAAAUCGUUCGAAAGUUGUCCAACCGCAUUGAAGAUAAGACCUUAGAUCACAGGGCGGACAUUAAAGAUAACGGCGAGCGAGUGUCCGAACUGCAAAAGACACUAAGUGGCCAAAUUGAUGAUAUUCGCUACAACGUCACAAUGUUGAUGACGGCACAGAAGGAAUUGGCACAGACGGUAGGUGUUUUACUGACAAAUAGUAUGGACAUCUUGAAGGUUGAGGUGGCCAUGUUAACACAACGGACGUCUAAAACUGCUGUUCCUUCUGCCGAACGAGGCCACGUAUCUAACGACAAUUUAGGUUUGGAAAAAGGACACAAAACUGAAAAGCAAAAAGUAAGCAAUACGGCCGAAGCGGCAUCCAGUAGCACUACUGUCAAACAUCCGACAUCGGCAAAGCAUACAGAUACGUCACAAGAAAAGUUGAAAUCAAAAUCUGACGACCUUGCCCCUCCUGCACUAAACAAGUCGUUUCAAAAAGCAUCAGCGGAAAACCAAGGAGGUAAAGAUACGAACGUGAUUGGCAACACAGAUAAGUCACCCGGUCACGCCUCUGGCAAAAAUCAAGGUUUGGACAAAGCACACGCAAUUCAAAAGCCAAAUGAAAGCAAUAAGGCCAAAGCGGAAAAUAAGUCACCCGGCCACGCUUCUGGCAAAAAGCAAAAUUUGGACACAUCACAAACAGCUAAAAAGGAAAACAAAGGUAAUAAAGCUAAAGAGAUAAAUAAGUCUUCCGGCUACGCCUCUGGCAAAAUUCAAGGUUUGGACAAAGCACACGCAAUUCAAAAGCCAAAUGAAAGCAAUAAGGCCAAAGUGGGAAAUAAGUCAACCGGCCACGCUUCUGGCAAAAAGCAAAAUUUGGACACAUCACAAACAGCUAAAAAGGAAAACAAAGGUAAUAAAGCUAAAGAGAUAAAUAAGUCUUCCGGCUACGCCUCUGGCAAAAUUGAAGGUUUGGACAAAGCACACGCAACUCAAAAGCCAAAUGAAAGCAAUAAGGCGAAAGCGGAAAAUAAGUCAACCGGCCACGCUUCUGGCAAAAAGCAAAAUUCGGAAACAGCAAAAGCAGCUAAGAAGGAAAACACAAGUAAUAAAGCUAAAGAGAUAAAUAAGUCUCCCGGCUACGCCUCUGGUAAAAAUCAAGGUUUGGAAAAAGCACACGCAACUCAAAAGCCAAAUAAAAGCAAUAAGCGGGAAAUAAGUCACCCGGCCACGCUUCUGGCAAAAAGCAAAAUUUGAACAAAGCACACAAAACCAUAAAGCCAAAUAUAAUAAAUACGGCAAACGCGGCACCCAUUGAGAGAAAAGGUAGUAGCAAUGGCCGCUGAUCAUAAAGAUAUAACUGUAUCAUGAGAUGCUCUUUAGUCUUUGACGACGACCUUUCCUUUGACAUUAACAUAUAUGUUACGAUUAUAUAAAAUAAACGUGUUCAGAAAUUUAUAAAGAACGACAUAAUGAGAGCGAUUUUCGAUUUUAAAAAAGCUCUACAAAUUAUUCGUUCUAUUAAAUUAAUAUAGAUAAAACGACGCAAAGUUUCAUUAGAUAAUGCGUUAUCUUGAAUGCACAUACCUAAUGGUUUUAUAACAUUAAAAUUCAUUAUAGCGUGUUGGCCCUUAAUAUAGGUUACAAUUUGUGUAAAUUUAAAGUCAUUUUCCAGUAACUUGUUAUUGUAAUAUGGUACACCCUAUAUUGUAUAAUAAAUAUCACAUUUUUACCAAAUGAACACCAAGAAAUUGUAAUACUUAUAUCUCUGUUAUCAUUACUAAUUAAUUUUAUGUUAGUGUUUAAUGUAUGUUAUGCUUUCCUAUGGGGUAAAUGAGAUUGAAAAUUCAAAGGUCGAUCUUUCCAUUGAUAUGUACAUGUUCACUUUACCAACGUUUAACUUGUUUUCGCAUCCACUUAUAAUGAAAACAAACGAUAGAAAAAAACUAAAUUUAAAGUAAUUGAUUUAGUUUUCGGAGAAUAAUGACUUCUGACUGACUCGUGAUCAUAUAAAAUGUAUAAUAUGUAUUUUGCCUCCACGUAAUUUUGAUGGACAUAUCAUUAAUUGAAAAUUCACUAUUUAAAAAAAGAAAAAGUAAAAAUUAUUGUAGGGUUUAAAGUUUAAUUCGCCUGGUUUCCAAAGUAAUAUUAAAAUUAGGUUAACUUAGCCAGACUCUUUAUUUGUGGAGUGGCAUCACAGCCUGAAAUUUGCUCAAGUAAACCCAUUUAAAAAUGGUUACAAACGGAGGAAGAAGUCAAAAUAAGGAUAAAGAAACUGUUGGAUUAAGUUCAUAUUCGAAAUUUAAAAACAGGCGAUCAUUAAUGUACACAUUUAACUGAACAAAGGUAUAUAGAUAACUUAAAUAGACAUUUUAAUUCACGAGUGAUCAGAGAAAUCAAUAUUUUAGCGAGUGAUGCAACCAUGAAUGAAACUUUUUCUUUUUCUUGUAAUUUUAUGAUUUUUUUUUGCAAAACUAAGAAAAAGUCUUUGGUUGUUGAAUUCGUUACAAUUGUGUUAUUUGAAUUAAAGUGACUUGACUCCAUUCGACACAUGCACAAUAUGAUUCAAACAAUUCCCUUUAAAUGUUAAUAAGUACAUGUUGUACGAGUUUGCGAAUUUGACUUUUGAAGUGACGGUUUUAAUUUAUUUAGUUUUAUAUUUUGUUGUUUUUCAAUAUCAAAUAAAUUUUCAGGAAUUAUCA